GUUUGUCGCAGUGUUUUUUAGAAUCAAAAUCGUGUGUUGACUUUGAACGUGAUUGUUAAUUUUAUCAAAAUGAGCUUAUUGUGUAGGCUAUGCUUGUGCUCGAUAAGGAACAAGAGGCAGACGCCCUUGAAAAAUGAACAGCUGCGCGCGAUGAUGGAGCGCGUCUUUUGUUUCGUGGUUGCCGAUGAGGACCACUUUCCGGCAGAGGUUUGUUGGAAAUGCUUCUGCUGGGUGCGUGACUUCAGUUGGUUCAGCCAGCGAGUGCAGGCCGUACAAGAGCUGCUGAAUCGCGAAUAUAUUUUCGGAAAUACUUCCCUUGCCGAAGCAUCGCACGUGAAUCCUAAACGCUCCGCACUCGCCUCAGCCGAUGACACCGAGAUGGAAACCCGUUAUUCUGGCAGCUUCAUCGAAGACGACACGGUUGGUCAGGACCAAAUUCGGACCACAUUCUGCCCCGAUAUAACGCCUGAAGACGAAGAGCAGAUGCAUCAGCUAGAUGCCGAACCUGUUUUGGAGGCUUUGGACGAAGAGAGCGACUACUUCAGCGAGGACAUUGCUGCUUUGGCGGACCUUGUGAAAAUGGAAUCGGGUCGAAAAAUCAAUACAUUUACGGACAUCGAAUCUCUUGUGGAAACGGAACAUGCUAGAGACUUUGAAAAGACUAUGGCCACCAUGGCAACUGAUUACAGACUGGAAGGUGAGCUGCUAGACGAGGUCGAGGUGCCGUCUGACGCGGAUGCUCAAAUCCAGACUGUGGGCAAAGAAAAUGGACCAGCAAAACCUAAGCCUGGCACCCGUCCCAUUCGCACUUUGCCUAUAGUACCUCGUGACGAGCUACCUCGUAGCGAGCACGAUAGUGACGCUCUAAUUAAGCAGUUUUUGGAAUACAAAUGCGAACUGUGCCCGAACCCUGAGCAACAAAGGUCAUAUGACACCUUCUACGAUUUGCGGCUACACUACGAGGAAGUGCAUGACACGCCCGGUUACAUGCGCUGUUGUAACCGAAAGUUUCACCGCCGGAACUGGUUAAAAGAGCAUAUCAAUCAUCACCUAGGUCUAUAUCGCUGUAAAACGUGCGACAAACUUUUUAGCGCGCAAAGAACCCUGCGCUGGCAUGAGGAGAACAUGCACAAGGAGGUGGACUGGCUACCUGAGCCCGAGGAGCGAACAUUUGAGUGUGGCACGUGUGGGUACACGUGCACCAACGCAAAGGCACUGUCAAGCCACAAGCAAAGUCAUAAAAAAAAACCGUGCCCCCUUUGUAAGAAUCUCUAUAACGCCAAUUCGCUCAAAACGCACAUGCAAAACAUGCACGACGUAGGUGACCUAUUGAUUUGUGAGAUGUGUGGCCAUAGAAGUUAUUCGAAGCAGAGAAUGGAUAAACACAAGAUGCUUACCCACGGCAUCGUGGGCAAUGACAAACAUGUCGUCGUGAAUUGCCGGUAUUGCGGAAAAGCUUUCCAGCGGGCAGAGCGUUUAAGGGCCCACAUCAUUUUCAACCACACCCAAAAGGGGCAGACUUUUCAGUGCGACAUUUGUGGCCGAAACUACCCCAACAGCAGAGCGCUUUACGAGCACAAAACUAGAAUUCAUUCGACCAAGAGUUUCCCGUGCGAGUACUGCGGAAAGGUGUUCGGUCGAAAGAUCUACCUUAGCGAUCACCUGUCCACCCAUACGGGCAUUCGGAAGUACGAGUGCAAAAUUUGCGGCGUGAAGUACAGUUCGCGGGGAAACAUCGCCAACCACCGGAAAAGGAAGCACCCGGAACUGGUGAAACGUGAAAAGGAUGCACCCGGAACGAAAUGAAAGGCAGUAAAGGUGUAGAAACAGUGCGCCGUAUGGUCGUACAUUCUGUUUGAUAAGUUUUAGUUUUAGUGAACCAAGUGUAACCUAAAUAAACUGUACAAUCUCUA